GCGCGUGAAGUGUUUGAGUCCAGGAAACACUUUUGGAUAUUAACAGCAAUGCAGCUAAAUCCAAUACAAUUCAAGUAGUCAAAUGUGACAUCAUGCCUCCUUUCUGCUCCUGUGGUGUCAUCCAAGUGUUCGUAAGCACAGACAUUCAAAUUCUACUUGAAACAGAGUCAUUCACACCAAGUCUUUAAUCUAUUUCAGGUUGGGGCAUCGAAACAGGCGGAAUAACACUGGAGUUAGUGGUGUAGUAUCUGUAAUGAUGUGUAUGUAACAAUUUAACAGGACAUGAAUGGAAUAUAUUACUUUAAACACUGUAAUUUAAUUGUUUUAUUCUGAAUAAUAAAGUGGAAUAUAAUGUGUAAUCCAUGAAAGAUGCAAUAAAUAUUUUUAAUCACUGUGUUUUCUUGUCUGCCUGGUGUCAACAGGUGCUGAAUGUCUGGUCUAACUUAUUAUCUGUCUCUUGUUUAAAACGAUGAGUUCAGACUCUUUCUAUAGUGUGAAUAGUUUUACUGAGAGAUAAACUGAUGCGAAAACAUAUUAACUUGAAACAUGGAGGGAAGGAGAAACCACGCAGCUUCAUGUGUAACAAAGUGGCCGCGUGCUUCCGCACAGCGGCGGGUCAGCUGAUGGAGACGGCACGCGGAAACUGUAAAACCAAUUGGAGUAGAGCAGCGGUGGAUGAGGGGAGUCCCCGGAGCUUUUAUCCACGUUAACGUCCCCCGUUUCAUGUCGACCACUGCGGGGCUAACUCUUAACGUGAGCACGACCUCCACCUCCAGCUCUGACGACGUGUUUUGACGUGAGAAACCAGAGAGACACGGAGAGAGCGGCGCUGGGAUCCUCAGCAGGAAGUUAUGGCGCACAGCGAGUCGUUGGUGGCGUUGAACGGGACUCAGAUUUCCUACAUCGCACAUGACUGCAAAGACAUUCCAGCCUUCCUUGGAGACACGUACGGCCACUUUGCAAGACGGCUGGAUCUGAGUUUCAAUCAGCUCAGGUCACUGGCGGGCCUCAAAGUGUUCACUGAGCUGGAAGAGCUAGUCGUCGACAACAAUCUGCUUGGAAAUGACCUGCGGUUGCCCAGGUUACCCAACCUCCACACCCUGACACUCAAUAAGAACCACCUGACUGAUAUCGAGGCCUUGCUGGAACACUUGGCUGAUGUGACCCCGUCACUGGAGUACCUAAGCCUGCUGGGAAAUGAGGCCUGCCCCAACCAGCUGGUCAGCCUGGAUAAGGACGAGGACGACUACCAGAGAUACAGGUACUUUGUUCUGUUCAAGUUGCCCCAGCUGAAGUUCCUGGACACGAGGAAAGUCACCCAAAAAGAAGUGAUGGAGGCCCAGGCGAGAGGAGCAUUUAUGAAAGUGGUCAAACCAAAAUCAGAAGCUCCGCCUAAUGAGUCUAGAUCUGAGAGUCACCCGGCACCCUACACUCCUCUGCCCCGAGGGUCCAGAGAUGCCAAGAACCACAAAGGGGUAUUCGCUAAGUGUCGCUACAUCUACUAUGGCAAACACUCAGAAGGCAACAGAUUCAUCCGCAAUGACCAACUCUGAUGGAAAAAAGCUGGUCGGGCACAAAAAGAAACACAGAUGACGACGGAUGUCAAUGGAAGCAAAGAUGAUCAAACAAAUCCUUUAUUUAUUAAAUGCACUGCUAACAUUUGAGUCAGCUGGCUUCCCGCUGGAGAAUCAUUUAAACUUUUGCAAAAUAUGUUAUUGUGGUUGUGCAAGGUGAAUGUUUUUUUUAAGAUCUUAAGAUCGUACCCCAGCAUUAUUAUGGCCUCCUCUGAGCUCAGUCUGCUUCCAGCACAGAGUCACACAUGACACUCCCACUGACAUGAUUGCCUCUAAGCAUCAGCAACUGCACAACUACAGACAAACACAUGCAAAAGGACAGUCUCUCUCUCUCCCCCUCUCCCUCUCUCUCUCUCUCUCUAUCCCCCCCUCUCCCUCACCCUCUUCCUCACCCUCACCCUCACUCUCUCACACACAGAUCUGUUCAAUUGCAUCCUUUUCUUUGACAGCCAUGAUGGAUCACCCAGCCACUGCCGCCACUAAUCAAGGGUGAAAGGGGUGACGGUCACACACCUGGGGCCUGACAUGGACUCAUCUCUCUGUCUCUUCUCUCUCUCUCUCUCCAUUUUUCUCUCUCUCUUCCUCCCUCCCUCUAUCUCUUUCUCUCCAUUUGUAUCCUUUACUUACUUACACACACACUCACAUAACAGCUGUUUAAAACAUAAGGACAUCAACAGAACAAGGUUUUGAGACAUGAUCAGUCUGGUUUGUGUCAGAGUGCAGAGCUUCUUAUUUUAUUUAGCAGGAGAAAGAGAAACUUGUUAUGUGUUAUACAUGUGAUAUUCAGGCACGGAUUAGGUCAGUUUUCUGUUAUUAAUGAACUUAUUUUCAGGAGGAGAUGUGUCAGCUGCAGCUUCUAAAGUCAAAACAUUCCAAUAUGAGCUUUAAUGAAGAACGGACCAAGGGUGUAACCCUUUGUGCAUUCCAGGUUUAUCUUUAUGUUUUUGUGUGUGUGUGUCUUCAGCUAGUCAACUGCUUCGGACUGAAUCUGCAUUCUAUUGUGAUGACUUGUUAACAAACUAUAACACAUACAUCUUCAGAGAAUUGCAUUUGAUGCAGUAUCGACCACAAAGUUAUAACCUAAAUUUGUUCAUUGUUUACGUUUUAUAGUACUUUUAAGGCCAUCAUGGUUACACAGUGAACUGUGUUAACAGUGAUUUGUGACAACAGCAGAAGGAAAAGUGCUGCCAUUUUUAAAAUCUGAUUUUAUAGUUCUCCAGGCAACCGUCCAAACUGAGAAUCGGAAAUGAAUGAAUGAUGUAAUUGGGCUGAUUUGAUGUAAAACUGUAUAAGCUGGCUUCAAGUAAUAAAAGAGGUUAACUUAU